AUGAACGAACAGCAGAAAAUUGUCCGACUGAUCGACUAUACCAGCCUGAGCGGGACAGAGAGUGAUGCCCGGAUACGCAAACUGGCCGCAGAGGCUCACAGUCCGCUGGGAACCGUAGCGGCUGUCUGCGUCUAUCCCCGCUAUAUCGCCCUGGUCAAGGAUGCCUUUGUGCAUGCCCGGCAGCCGGUACUGCCGGUGGCUACUGUAGUGAACUUUCCCGGCGGCGCGCUGCCCCUGGAUGAGGUGAUCGCCGAAAUCCACUACGCACUGCAACAGGGUGCUGAUGAGAUCGACCUGGUCAUCCCCCAUUCCCGGCACAGUAUCUACUUUGACUACGAACAGAAGCUGGACUUUGUCCGCGCCUGCCGCAAUGAAAGCCACGGUAAAGUUCUGAAACUGAUUAUUGAGAGCGGACAGCUGAGCCCGGAUGAGAUCCAGCGUACUUGCGAAAUUGGCCUGGCCGCCGGGGCAGACUUCCUGAAAACCUCUACCGGUAAGACGAGUCCCGGUGCGACUCCCGAAGCCGCCGGGCUGAUGCUGCACUGUAUUAAAGACAGUGGUAAACCGUGCGGCUUCAAGGCUUCCGGUGGUAUCCGCAAGCAGUCCGAGGCACGGACCUACAUUGCACUGGCCGAAAGCAUUCUGGGGCCGGACUUUGUGCAACCCCGGAGUUUCCGUCUGGGAGCCAGUACGCUACUCCAGGAUAUGCUAUCAUGA